CUUGACAAUGGUGGUCACUAGCUAACAGGGACAGCAGCACAGGCAGGACAGCGAUGGGCCACAGCCGAUAUUUACCCCAAAUAUAUCAAACUAACGCCCGGACUCAGCCGCUAGUGAUGGAUACACGAUAGUUACGGUGUUUUAUGCUGUUUUGCGGCGUGUUUGUGUAUAGUUUCUGAAGGAGAAGCGGCAGAGUUUAGCUAACUUGGCAGAAUUGUUCUUCCAGGGGGGAGGAAGUUUUCUGUGGCGGAGGAAACAUAAUAGGAAACCGGGGAGGGCCGAACUAUCCCGACAUGGAGGACUCCGACUCGGCCCUGGAGAAGAAUGUCGCUGACCUCACCGUGAUGGACGUGUACGACAUCGCCGCGGUGGUGGGCCAGGAGUUUGAGCGCAUUAUAGACCAGUACGGCUGCGAGGCUCUGUCCCGGCUGAUGCCCAAAGUGGUGCGGGUGUUGGAGAUCCUGGAGGUGAUGGUGAGCCGCAACAGCAUCAGCCCGGAGACCGACGAGCUGCGGCUGGAGCUGGACAAGCUGCGGCUGGAGCGGCUCGACCGGCUGGAGAAGGAGAAGAAGCACAGAAUGGAGCUGGAGCUGGUGGAGGACGUAUGGAGAGGAGAAGCUCAGGACCUGCUCACCCAGAUCGCUCAGCUGCAGGAGGAGAACAAAUCCCUCCUCACCAACAUGUCCAACAAAGACCCCAUGAGUGAGGAGGACCUGCAGCGGCAUGAGGGUAUGACGGAGAGAGAGAGGCAGGUGAUGAAGAAGCUUAAAGAAGUGGUGGACAAGCAGAGAGACGAGAUCCGGGCCAAGGAUCGCGAGCUCACGCUGAAAAACGAGGACAUAGAAGCACUCCAGCAGCAGCAGUCUCGCCUCAUGAAAAUCAACCACGACCUGCGCCAUAAAAUCUCCGUUGUGGAGGCUCAAGGGAAAGCUCUGAUUGAACAGAAGGUGGAACUGGAGGCCGGGGCUCAGGCGCGGGGGCAGGAAGUCACUGCCCUUCGGCAGGAAGUUGCACGCUUAAGGGAACGACUUCAAGGAAACCUGCCUGCCCAGAACCCUGAGGAACCCCCACCUCUGCCCCCCUCACCUGCAGAGCGUGGUAAAGCUGCUACAGUGGUGGUGGGGGCUGAGAGCUGGUCAGACAGACCUGACCCCUCUGAGCUGAUGUUGGGUGGGUUUGACCCCUCCCUGCCUGGUUCCCUCAGCCCAGAGGGACACCCAGAGGAUGGGAAUGAGGAGGCUGAGGACGAGGCAGUAUUGCUUUGGGAGGCGAUGUGCGAUGAGGACAUGCCUGCUGUGUUCCAAUAUUUUACAAAGGAGGCGAUGUGCGAGGAGGAGACAGGAGGCUUGGACCCAAAGGACCCCAACCGACCCCGCUUCACCCUGCAGGAGCUGAGGGACGUCCUCCACGAGAGGAACGAGCUCAAGGCCAAAGUCUUCCUGCUGCAGGAGGAGCUGGCCUACUACAAAAGUGAUGAGACAGAAGAUGAGAUCGUUACUCCUUCCCCGUCUCCUUCACCUGAACUGAGGACUCGCUCCCGCUCUUCUGCACAGCCAGAGUCAGGAAUCAAACGCCUGUUUAGUUUCUUCUCUCGUGACAAGCAGCGUAACUUGCACCGGAGUGAGCAGUUUGACGGUGGCUCGUGGACGGGGAAGGAGGACGUGUACACAGAACAAGCCCAGGAGGCGUUGCAACACUUGUAGAGCCGCCGGACUGGAAACAAACUCCAAAACUCUUAACACUCCGUGUCCAUCACUCGAGUUCCCGGAUCCUGAAGUGUUUUCGAUUGCACACCAAAAACCCCCUACCAGUGACUCGCACUGCGCCUGAAAAUAUCUUGGUUCUUGAGGUGAGACAGACAAAGAGAGAGUCACCUAGAAUGAGGCUCCCGCUUAGAUAGAAGUUUAUUUAAUCACCUGAGAAUACUAUAUAAUAUACAAACUGCGUAUCUCAAUGAGGGAUGGCAUAUACUAAGACUUUAAAAAUGUUAGAAAAUAUGUUGGUGCCUGAAGGGUUUGACAGAAUCACACACGAUUUUAUAUGUGAUCUGCAGAGAGGGUAAACUCAAGUUGUAGGAUUGAAAGUAGAAAGUUGUUGAAUGAUAUGUUGAGUGGGUGAAAAUGACGACACAGAUGAAAUCUCUGGGCAUAAAAACGUGCCGCAAAGUUCCAUCUAAAAAUCACACGACUCCAGAUGUUGUAGCGUUUGCUAUUCCAUGAAAAUGUAGGGUUUUACCAUAUAUUAAGACCGGCGUAGAAUAAAGAAAACACACAGUUACUGCAGUUUUCUCAAAAAACGAAAGCAGUGUAUCCCAUUUAAUUUACUUGAAAAGUCUUUUCCUUGUUCAUGUGAGCAGCUCGUAGGUCCAUCACCAGCACUGUCAGCAAAUUCAAACUAUGCAGCUCUCCAAAUCUAAAGCGUUUUUGGGGCUUUGUGUACAAAACGUUGCAUAGAAAAACAAUUUUAAAAACCUGUGUACAUAAAAAAUGUUCCAAAUGCUUUUAUUCACAUUUUGAAGUAAUAGUAACUCAAAUUUUACUUAAUUUAAUUUUGAGUUACCCAAGAAAUCCCACUCCAUCUGUUAGUUAGUUAGUGUUAUUGUGUGACUUUUGGGUUUUUAAAGGGUUAGUUCGGAAUCACCAAAGUCACACAAUAAGCCAAACUAACUAACCGAUCGCGGAAACUCUUAUACUCUUAUAUUCUGUUAGGUAAAAUUAGUGUUUUUGUCAAAGGAGUCUGGUGGCUUUGACCGAGAGCCUAGUGGCAUUAGUUCCCCGUCAUUUGGGCUGUCUGACAGCAAGGUAAAGCGCUGAAAAUAUUUAAAAUAAAAGUGAUAUAGAUGAAAACAGAUUGUACAUGUUGACUUGCUGCGUUUAUGCAUCAUUCAUACAAGGCCUCAAAUAGAAACGCAGUGUCAAAGCUAUGUUGAAGUAAAAGGGCACCACGUAAAAUCAUGAAGUUACAUAGAGAGUAAUAUUUAAAUCUUCCUCAGAUUGUGUUAAGGAGUCGGCUGAGAAGUUAGAAAUGACAGAAAGUUGAUGAAGCUGAACUGUGGUUUUCCAUUUUUAUUGUUAAAAAUGCUAACCUCUGGUUGCUGCUUCUGCUUUAUGACCGCUUACCUUCACACUUAACACUGAGAGAUGUCUUCCACCCUAAAUGAAUGUAAAAUGACAGGAACACUAUAAUGGGUAUCAAAGCAGCUUCCCCUGUUUUACAUUGUUCACAGCGUGAUAAUGAUGAGACAGUAUCAUAUUCUAGAUUAGAUCGAAAAGUCAAAGGGAUCUGCACUAUUUAGACAUGAAUACAUUAAAAGGGAAAUCUGGUCAACGUGUCCAAACGCUCCGGUUCUGCAGCUCAUUAUUUAAGUCCGUGUUGAUCACCUUCCCCCUGUGUGUUUCCCUGAUUAAAGUGGCUAUUUAAAAGAUUUAA